AUGACUAGAUUCAAUUCUGAGCAGGUUUUAUCCAGAAAACAAGGAGAAUUCACUGUGGUCAAGAAGCAGAUAUCGGUGGUCAACUGCAGCCGUGUGUUCAGCCCCAGGUCUCUGGGGACGCUGGUGAUCUCCCUGCAGCAGCUACAGACUGCAGGGCAUUUGGUGCUUCAGGAGGCCCUAGUGGAUGAGAAUCUGCGCGUGUCCUUGAUCCAGGUGGAGAUUGACCUGAAGUACCAGCCCCCAGAGGGUGAAACUGGAGCCUGGGCAGAAGAGGACUUUGGAGCACCCAUUCGGGACAGCUCGGAGCUGAUCAUUCCCAAUGUGGGCUUCCAGGAGCUGGAGCCUGGGGAGGCCCCGCUGGAGCGGUGGGCAGCGGCGUUGGGCCGCAGGCUAGCUCGAGGAGUAGGUCAGCAGGACGAUGAGGACAAUGAGCUGGAGCUGGAGCUGGAGGACGAGCCUGAUGUGGAGCUUUCUGGCGUCGUGUUCAGCCCCCUCAAGAGCCAAGCUCGGGGCCUGGCCCGCGGGGAUCCCUUCCAGGUAUCCAGGGCCCAGGACUUCCAGAUGGGGGUCACGGUGCUCGAGGCCCGGAAGCUGGUGGGAGUCAACAUUAAUCCCUAUGUGGCCGUGCGCGUUGGGGAGCAACGCCGAGUGACCGCCACGCAGCGCAGGACAAAUUGCCCCUUCUUCAACGAAUACUUCUUGUUUGAAUUUCAUGAGACCCGGCUUCACCUCCAGGACUUGCUGCUGGAGAUCGCGGCUUUCCAUUCGCAAACCCCUCCCUUUAUGGCCACCCGGAUAGGCACCUUCAGGAUGGACCUGGGCAUUAUCUUCGACCAGCCAGAUGGCCACUUCUAUCAGAAAUGGGCUUCUCUGCACGACCGCCGGGAUACACGCGCCGGGACCAAAGGCUUCGUCAAGGUCACUUUGUCCGUGAGGGCGCGCGGAGACCUGCCCCCUCCGCUGCCACCCCCGGGCCCAGGCCACAGUUCGGACAUUGAGAAUAACCUGCUGCUGCCGCGUCGGCUGCCAGCGGAGAGGCCGUGGGCGCGGCUGCGAGUGCGCGUGUACCGCGCCGAGGGGCUUCCGGCGCUGCGCCCCGGCCUGCUGGGCAACCUGGCCCGCGCCCUGCACGACUAGCGCGUCCUCAUGGACCCCUAUGUGCGGGUGUCUUUCCUGGGGCAGCAGGGCGAGACGUUGGUGCGCGGCGAGGCGACGGCGCCCGAGUGGAACGAGCAGCUGAGCUUCGUGGAGCUCUUGCCGCCGCUGACGCGCGGCCUUCGUCUGCAGCUACGGGACGACGCGCCCCUGGUCGAUGUGGCCCUCGCCACGCACGUGCUGGACCUGAGGCAGAUCUCGCAUCCGGGCCGGGCGGCGGGGUUUAACCCUACCUUCGGCCUGGCCUGGGUCCUUCUCUAUGGCUUACCCCCCAGCGGGGGGCUCCGGGAUGGUCCUCAAAGUCUCAAUGAAGGCGUUGGCCAAGGCAUUUGGUUCUGCGGCCGCCUGCUGGUGCCUGUGUCCAUGGAAGUGUUGGAAGGGAGAGCUGAACCUGAGCCUCCCCGGGCCCCACAGGGGUCCAGGUUGUCCCGGCUCAUGGGAAAGAAGAAGAAAGCCAGGCGCAGCCAGACUCCAGCGGGGAUUCAGCAGCACCCGGAUGCCAGCUCCAGUGCUGAUGCGCCUGAGAUUCCUAGAGCAAUGGAGGUGGAGGUGGAGGUGGAGGUGGAGGUGGAGGUGGAGGAGUUGCUGCCGCUGCCAGAGAACGCCCUGGCGCCCUGUGGACAUGACUUGCUCUUCACUGUGCUCCUCAAGGCCACCAUGAUGGACCCCGCCAUGGCCUCCCAGCCCAUCAGCUUCGAGAUCUCCAUGGGUCAUGCAGGUCUCCGGAAGGAGCAAUUGAGCCGAGGGUCCAGGGCUGGGGAGGGAGCAGAGGGUGCGGAAGGGGAGGCACAGCCUCUGCUGGAAUUGGAAGUGGGAGUCGGGCCAGUGGAGGAGGAGGAGCUGGGGACCCCUGCUCAGCGGCCUGAGCCCAUGGAAGGCAGCGGGCCGUACUUCUGCUUGCCCCUGCGUCACCACAAGCCCUGCGUGCACGUGUGGAGCCGCUGGGAGGACCACUCGUGGAGCCUGCAGAGCACUAACUGCGUGCGAAAAGUGGCUGAGAGGCUGAACCGGGGCCUGCAGGAGGUUGAGAGUCUGCAGCGCAGGCCCACUUCCGGGGCCUGCACACGGCUGAAGCAGGCACUGGAAGAGCUGGUGGCUGGGAGCAGACAGUUUUGCCACGGUGCUGAGCACAGGGCAAUGACUCGGCCCGAUGCGCUGGAUUGAUGCAGAUGCCGAGGGAAACAGCUGGUGUAUAGCCUGAACCUGUUGGCAAAGCAAGGACUGCGGCUCCUUCGGGGCCUGAGACAGGGCAACGUGCAAGAGAAGGUGGCACUGGCCAAGAAGCUCCUGGUGAAACUGCGCUUCCUAGCCCAGGAGCCCCAGCAAUCCCUCCUGGAUGUGCUGGUCUGGAUGCUCAGUGGGUGGCGCCAUGUGGCCUGGGCCCGGAUCCCUGCCCAGGAUGUGCUGUUCUCUGUGGUGGAGGAGGAACGGGGCCGGGACUGUGGGAAGAUCCAGAGUCUGCUGCUCACAGUGAGGGGUCCCGGGGGCGAGGGUGCUGGGACUAGAAUGGGCUGAGGCUCACAGGGCAGCACAGACAUUGGGAAGCUGUGACCACAGGGGCCCCCGGACCUGCUGCCUGAGCCCUCGGCUGGGCUGCCCCUCAGCCUGGACCGGGACGACUUCAGCUACUUCCAGCUCCGGGCUCACUUGUACCAGGCCCAAGGUGUGCUGACAGCAGGUGACAGUGGGCUCUCGGACUCCUUUGCUCGAGUCCUCAUCUCUACCCAGUGCCAGACCACACGGGUCCUGGAGCAGACGCUGAGCCCCCUGUAGGAUGAACUCGUGGUGUUUGAUCAGUUAAUCGUGGACGGGAGGAGGGAGCACCUGCAGGAGGAGCCCCCACUAGUGAUUGUCAAUGUCUUUGACCACAAUAAGUUUGGCCCCUCUGUGUCCGGCAGGACGCUGGCCGCCCCAAGGGUAAAGCUGAUGGAAGACCCUUACCAGCGUCCUGAGUUGCAGUUCUUCCCCCUGAGGAAGGGGCCCCGGGCAGCCGGGGAGCUCAUCACCACCUUUGAACUCAUUGAACUGGACUACAGUAGCCAACUUGAGCCCUCAGUGCCCAGUGAUGUGGAGCCCCAGGACCUGACCGCCCUGGUUGAGCCCCUCUCCAGAUGCCUAUCCCUGCCACCGCACGUGUGCCCGGUGCUUAGGGAGUUCCAUGUUGAGGUACUGUUCUGGGGUCUGAGGGGCCUUGGCCAUGUGCAUCUGUUUGAGGUGGAGCAGCCCCAGGUUGUGCUGGAGGUAGCCGGUUGGCGAGUGGAGUCCGAGGUCCUGACCAGUUACUGUGAGAACCCCAAUUUCACUGAGCUUGUCAGGCAUCUGACAGUGGACUUGCCAGAGCAGCCUUAUCUGCAACCCCUCAGCAUCCUGGUGAUUGAGCGCCGGGCCUUUGGCCGCACAGUGCUCGUGGGUUCCCACAUUGUCCCCCAUAUGCUGAGAUUCACACUCCGGGGUCAGGAGGAUCCUCCUGAGGAGGAAGGAGAGGAGGAGACAGGGGACCUGGUGCCCAAGGCACCUCAAGAACAGAGGUCCCGGGAUCCCUUCUUGGCUGAAGUGGGGAUACCCAGGCGGCUCCUGAAGGCUCCUCUGGAGAAGCUCCCUCUGGGAGGCCUCCUGAAUCAAGGCCCAGAGCUGGAGGAGGACAUCCCAGAUCCUGAAGAGCUCGACUGGUGGUCCAAGUACUAUGCACUGCUGCAGGAGCUCCAGGGGCAGACCAACUUUGAUGAGGAUGACAUGGAUGAUGCUGGGGAUUCAGAUGGGGGCAACCUCCUUUCUGUGGAUGGGGAAGCCCAAGACCAGGGUGAGGCUGAAGUCAAAGGCUCUGUGUCCCAGAAAAAAGCCAUCGCCACUCUGAAGGUUUACAACAGCUCCCUGGAAGAAGAGUUUAACCACUUUGAAGACUGGCUGAAUGUGUUUCCCCUGUAUCGAGGGCAAGGGGGUCAGGAUGGAGAUGGAGAGGAAGAAGGGUCUGGAAACCUUGUGGGCAAGUUCAAGGGCUCCUACCUCAUUUACCCUGAAUCAGAGGCAGUGUCCUUCUCUGAGCCCCAGAUCUCCAGGGGGAUCCCACAGAAUCAGCCCAUCAAGCUCCUAGUCAGAGUAUAGGUUGUAAAGGCUACCAACCUGGCUCCUGCGGACGCCAACAGCAAAGCAGACCCCUAUGUGGUGGUGAGCGCUGGCCAGGAGCAGCUGGACACCAAGGAGCGCUACAUCCCCAAGCAGCUGAACCCCAUCUUUGGAGAGGUCCUAGAGCUCAGCAUCUCUCUCCCUGCUGAGCCAGAGCUGCCCGUGGCUGUGUUUGAUCAUGACCUCGUGGGUUCUGAUGACCUCAUCGGAGAGACCCACACUGAUCUGGAAAACCGAUUCUAUAGCCACCGCAGGGCGAACUGUGGGCUGGCGUCCCAGUAUGACGUGGACGGCUACAGUGCCUGGCGUGACGCAUUUCGGCCUUCACAGAUCCUGGCGGUGCUGUGCCUACCCUGUGGCCUCCCCCCACCUGAAUACUGAGCCGGGGCUGUCAAGGUGGGCAGCAAACUCUUUCUGACACCGCCAGAGACCCUGCCCCCAGGUAGUGGGGACUCCAAGGUGGCAAGUGAGGUCCCUGAGGAGGCCCAGGCAUUGCUGGUGCUGCGGCGCUGGCAGGAGACGCCUGGGCUUGGGAUCCAGCUGGUACCUGAGCACGUAGAAACACGGCCCCUCUACCAUCGCCGCAGCCCAGGGCUGCUGCACCUCUUCCUGUGCCCCCAGGGAUCCCUUCAUGUGUGGAUUGACAUCUUCCCCUGAGAUGUGCCUCCCCCACCUCCAGUUGACAUCAAGCCUCGGCAGCCAGUCAGCUAUGAGCUCAGAGUCAUCAUCUGGAACACGGAGGAUGUAGUUCUGGAUGAUGCAAACCCACUCACUGGAGAGAUGUCGAGUGACAUCUAUGUGAAAAGCUGGGUGAAGGGGCUGGAGCACGACAAGCAGGAGACAGACGUUCACUUCAACUCUCUGACAGGGGAGGGGAACUUCAACGGGCGCUUCGUGUUCCGCUUUGACUACCUGCCCACUGAGCGAGAGGUGAGCGUCCGUUGCCAGCCUGGACCCUUUGCCCUGGAGGAAGCUGAGUUCCGGCAGCCGUCUGUGCUGGUCCUGCAGGUCUGGGACUAUGACUGCAUCUCCGCCAACGACUUCCUUGGAUCCCUGGAGCUGCAGGUACCGGACAUGGUGCGAGGGGCCCGGGGCCCCGAGCUCUGCUCCAUGUGGCUGGUCCGGGAUGGGGCCGGACCGAGGUGUAAUCUGUUCUGCUGCCGCCGCUUGCGGGGCUGGUGGCCUGUAGUGAAGCUGCGGGCGCCGGAGGACGAGGAGCGGGAGCAGCAGGAGGCUCAGGCUGGCAAGAAGAAGAGGAGGACGAGGAGGAAGGGCCGGCCAGAAGACUUAGAGUUCUCAGGCUCAGGAGGCAACGUCUACAUCCUCACGGGGAAGGUGGAGGCAGAGUUUGAGCUGCUGACGGUGGAGGAGGCUGAGAAACGUCCAGUGGGAAAAAGGCGCAAGGAGCCGGAGGCCUCGGAGAAGCCCAAGGCCGCCCCAAAACCUCCUUCAACUGGUUUGUGAACCCGCUGAGGACUUCCGUCUUCCUCAUCUGGCGCCGGUACUGGUGCAUCCUGCAGCCGCUGGCGGCGCUGAUCCGUCUUGCUCCUCGUCUUCUACACCAGGCCUGGCCUGAUCAGCCAGGUCACCAUCCGCCCCCUCCACUGCCCCUAACUGACCUUGGACACUCAUCCCAUAAUGCCAGCUCCUCAACUCCUGCCCCUGGUGUCCUUCCCACCAACAGGAACCAUCCUGGCGUUCCCUGCUUUCUCUGUGUAAACCUUACGGGGUAUCCACUCUGUCCCCUGAACCCAUGCUGCAGAUAAUAAAUGACACUAGGCGCAGAGAACAGAUGUGUUCUUGGGUGCCCUCGGGUGCUGAGAUUCUCUGCACUAAUGAAUACACAGGAUGGGAGGCUGCCCACGUGGCCCUGCUGCCAGGAAGAAUAGGGCCCCGCGGGGGGUCACAGCCGAGGAGCCCUGGCCACUGAGGUGUCAGGUCCUCGAGCAGCCCACCUGCUGCCCCUGCUCCUGCCAGCGGCUGGGUCCCUCUCACCCAAUCUGCUGUGGCUUCUGCUGUUCCAUGACAGCUAAACCCUUUAUGUGCUCCGUGAACUUGUACCAACCCUGAGAACAGGCAGAUCACUUAGGACACUUGACUACAAGCGGUAGAAAUCCCAACCCAAGCUGGCUUAAGCAAAAAGGGAAUUUACUGGCUUACACAGCUGUAAUUCCCAGGAGUUGGUUGGCUUCAGGUGCUGUUUGUCUCAGGGUUCGAACAAAGUCACCAGGACUGGUUCUCUGCCUGAGCUUGGCGCUGCAGUCCUCAGGGGAAGCUCAUUUGCAGACAGGUUCUCUCCUCGGAAGUGCGGGAUGGCUGCAGCAACCCCAUGUCUCCCCAUACUCACGUCCAGAAGGAAAGAAAGCUUUCCUAGGCCUGACGGAUCCUAGCUCGCUCUGGGUCACUGGGGUGGGGGUGUGGGAUAGGAUAUGCUGAUUGGGGCCCUCCCCUGGAGCUUAGGGUGGAAGAUCAGCCCUCUUCCCAAAUCACACAAGCUGACAGUGGGCAGGGAGGUUCCCAGAGGAAACCCAGGAUACCGUUAACAAGGGGGAAUGGUUCCCGGGUGACCAAAAAAACAAGGCUCACUACAGCUGACAAUAUCACCCGCAAUUCACAAAUGAGACAGGGGCCCACCAAUAACACGUCCAAGGUCACAGCUCGUAAGUGGCCACAUCAGAGCUGGGUCUCGUGUCCGGCUGCCUCCAGAAGUUUUGCUGUCAUUGCCCUACUCUGCUUUCUGUCCUCCGCUUCUCCCCCCACUACUGUCUUACACUGAAACUCCCUGAGAAAUGACUGGCUGAACUGACCAGCUACUAAUGUCCCUGGUUCCCUGGGCUGUGCAGUGGUGAGGUCUCAGGGCCGGUUCCCCACACAUCUUAAGGGCUGUAAUGGGAAGGCCUGACUAGCUCCAGAGCCAGAGUCUGAUGUGAGCUCUGCUCCAGAAUGGCCACUGCCACCUUCCCUCCCCGUUUUUCAGUUCUGUGUCCACCCAGGAAAUUGCAAAGGACCUGGCUGUACCCCUCUGGGCACCAGGAGCCAGCAGGUGCUUGGCACAUCGCAGGGUCAGUGAGCAGGAGGGGAUCAGGUGACUGAGCCCAGGGUGGCA